AGGUCUGCCGGUCGCGGGUCGCAGGCGCCCCAUCCCCGCCUUGGUCGCUUAGCAGCUGUCAGCAGCGGCCGCCGCGAAGCUGGAGCGGAGCCGGGGGCCAAGGGAGGGGACCCCCGCGAGAGGGCAGCACGCUGGCCACCACCGCCCUGGCGCCGAGGGUCGGUGCCGGAGAGUCAUGCCAGCGAGCCUUGGGCCCCUCCUGAUGUCCAGUGAGGCAUCAGUGUUCCAGAACCCCAAGGCCGCCCUGCUGCACUCGAGAGGCCUGCUGGCCCCACCCCUGAGCCCUCUGCGCAGGGCCGCUUCCUUCCGGCCAGACCUCCAGUAGCCCGGAGGAAGACCACGGCCAGGAGCUUCUCCCAGGACUCAGCGUCCCUUCUGGUGAGAAGAUGGCAGUGCUCAGGAAGCUGGCGCUCCUGCUGUGGAAGAACUACACUUUGCAGAAGCGGAAGGUGCUGGUGACAGUCUUGGAACUCUUCCUGCCCUUGCUCUUUUCUGGGAUCCUGAUUUGGCUUCGCUUGAAGAUCCAGUCGGAGAACGUGCCUAACGCCACCAUAUACCCUGGCCAGUCCAUCCGGGAGCUGCCCCUAUUCUUCAGCUUCCCUCCUCCAGGAGAUACCUGGGAGCUCGCCUACAUCCCAUCCCAGAGUGAUGCUGUAAAGACCAUCACAGAGACGGCCAGGAGGACGUUGGUGAUCAACAUGAGAGCUCGCGGCUUUCGCUCAGAGAACGACUUUGAGGACUACAUAAAGUACGACAACCGCUCCUCCAACGUGCUGGCUGCCGUGGUGUUUGAGCAUGCCUUCAACCACAGCAGGGACCCCCUGCCGCUGGCGGUGAAAUACCACUUACGGUUCAGUUACACACGGAGAAAUUACAUGUGGACUCAGACAGGCUCCUUCUUCCUGAAAGAGAUGGAGGGAUGGCACACCACUUCCCUUUUUCCACUUUUUCCAAACCCAGGACCGAGGGAACCUGCGUCCGCUGACGGCGGAGAACCUGGAUACAUCCGAGAAGGCUUCCUGGCUGUGCAGCACGCCGUGGACAGAGCCAUCAUGCAGUACCACGCAAACACCUCCACGCACCAGCUGUUCGAGAAGCUCACCGUGAUCGCAAAGAGGUUCCCUUACCCACCUUUCAUUUCGGACCCCUUUCUCGUCGCCAUCCAGUACCAGCUUCCCCUGCUGCUCAUGCUGAGUUUCACUUACACCUCACUAACCAUUAUCCGGGCUGUCGUGCAGGAAAAAGAGAGGAAACUGAAGGAGUAUAUGCGCAUGAUGGGGCUCAGCAGCUGGCUGCACUGGAGUGCUUGGUUCCUCCUCUUCUUCCUCUUCCUCCUCAUCGCUGUCUCCCUCAUGACCCUGCUCUUCUGCGUCAAGGUGAAGAAGAACGUGGCGGUGCUCACACACAGCGACCCGUCGCUGGUGCUGGUCUUCCUGGUGUGCUUUGCCAUCUCCUCCAUCUCCUUCAGCUUCAUGGUCAGCACUUUCUUCAGCAAAGCCAACAUGGCAGCAGCCAUAGGGGGCUUCCUCUACUUCUUCACAUACAUCCCAUAUUUCUUCGUUGCUCCUCGAUACAACUGGAUGACUCUUAGCCAGAAGCUUUUCUCCUGUCUCCUGUCCAAUGUUGCCAUGGCAAUGGGAGCCCAGCUCAUAGGAAAAUUUGAAGCGAAAGGCACGGGCAUCCAGUGGCGAGACCUCCUGAGUCCUGUCAACGUGGACGACGACUUCUCCUUUGGCCAAGUGCUGAGCAUGCUGCUGCUGGACUCCGUCCUCUAUGGCCUGGUGACCUGGUACGUGGAGGCCGUCCUCCCAGGGCAGUUCGGCGUGCCCCAGCCCUGGUACUUCUUCAUCAUGCCCUCGUACUGGUGUGGGCGCCCGAGGACGGUGUUAGGGAAAGAGGAAGAAGACGACGACCCUGAAAAAGUGCUCAGAACUGAGUACUUUGAGGCCGAGCCGGAGGACCUGGUGGCUGGGAUCAAGAUCAAGCAUGUGUCCAAGGUGUUCAGAGUGGGGAACAAGGGCAAGGCAGCCGUCAAAGACCUGAACCUGAACCUGUACGAGGGGCAGAUCACUGUCCUACUGGGCCACAACGGCGCAGGGAAGACCACCACCCUCUCCAUGCUCACAGGCCUCUUCCCCCCGACCAGUGGACGGGCGUAUAUCAGUGGGUACGAAAUUUCGCAAGACAUGGUUCAAAUCCGGAAGAGCUUGGGCCUGUGCCCUCAACACGACGUCUUGUUCGACAACCUGACUGUCGCAGAACACCUGUACUUCUAUGCUCAGCUGAAAGGCUUGUCACGCCAGAAGUGCCCUGAAGAAGUCAAAAGGAUGCUGCACAUCCUCAGUCUGGAGGACAAGCGGGACUCACGGUGCAGGUUCCUGAGUGGGGGCAUGAAGCGCAAGCUCUCCAUCGGCAUUGCCCUCAUAGCGGGCUCCAAGGUGCUGAUGCUGGACGAGCCCACCUCAGGCAUGGACGCCAUCUCCAGGAGGGCCAUCUGGGACCUUCUUCAGCAGCAGAAAAGUGACCGCACCAUCCUGCUGACCACCCACUUCAUGGACGAGGCCGACCUGCUGGGGGACCGCAUCGCCAUCAUGGCCAAGGGGGAGCUGCAGUGCUGCGGGUCAUCACUGUUUCUCAAACAGAAAUAUGGCGCAGGCUACCACAUGACACUGGUGAAGGAGCCUCACUGCAACCCCGAGGGCAUCUCCCGGCUGGUCCACCACCACGUCCCCAACGCCACCCUGGAGAGCAGCGCUGGAGCAGAGCUGUCAUUCAUUCUUCCCAAGGAGAGCACGCACAGGUUUGAAAGUCUUUUUGCUAAACUGGAAAAGAAGCAGAAGGAGCUGGGCAUCGCGAGCUUUGGGGCCUCUGUCACUACCAUGGAGGAGGUCUUCCUUCGGGUUGGUAAGCUGGUAGACACCAGCAUGGACAUCCAGGCCAUCCAGCUCCCUGCCCUGCAGUACCAGCACGAGAGGCGGGCGAGCGACUGGGCAGUGGACAGCCACCUGUGCGGGACGAUGGACCCGACUGAUGGCAUUGGCACCCUCAUUGAGGAGGAGUGCGCCACCAUCAAGCUCAACACCGGGCUCGCCCUCCACUGCCAGCAGUUCUGGGCCAUGUUCCUGAAGAAGGCCACGUACAGCUGGCGGGAGUGGAAGAUGGUAGCGGCUCAGGUCCUGGUCCCUCUGACGUGCAUCACCCUGGCCCUCCUGGCCAUCAACUACUCCUCCGAGAUCUUCGAUGAUCCCAUCCUGAAGCUGACCUUGGAUGAGUAUGGCAGAACCAUAGUGCCCUUCUCAGUUCCCAGUACCUCUCGGCUGGAUCAGCAGCUGUCAGAGCAUUUGAAAGACAUGCUGCAGGCCCAGGGCCAGGAGCCUCGCGAGGUGCUCGGUGACCUGGAGGAGUUCCUGAUUUUCAGGGCCUCGGUGGAGGGAGGUGGCUUUAACGAGCGGUGCCUGGUGGCUGCAUCCUUCAGAGAUGUCGGCGAGCGGACCGUGGUCACUGCCCUGUUCAACAACCAGGCCUACCACUCCCCGGCCACCGCGCUGGCCGUUGUGGACAACCUCCUGUUCAAGCUGCUGUGUGGCCCUGGGGCCUCCAUCAUGGUCUCCAACUACCCCCAGCCCCGGAGCACCCUGCAGGCUGCCAAGGACCAGUUCAAUGAGGGCCGGAAGGGAUUUGACAUCGCCCUCAACUUGCUCUUCGCCAUGGCUUUCUUGGCCAGCACAUUUUCCAUCCUGGUGGUCAGUGAGAGGGCCGUCCAGGCCAAGCACGUCCAGUUUGUGAGCGGAGUCCACGUGGCUACUUUCUGGCUCUCCGCUCUGCUGUGGGACCUCAUGUCCUUCCUCGUCCCCAGUCUGCUGCUGCUGGUGGUGUUCAAGGCCUUCGACGUGCACGCCUUCACAUGGGAUGGCCACGUGGCUGACACCCUGCUGCUGCUGCUGCUCUACGGCUGGGCCAUCAUCCCCCUCAUGUACCUGAUGAACUUCUUUUUUUCGGGGGCGGCCACUGCCUACACAAGGCUGACCAUAUUCAACAUCCUGUCGGGCAUUGCCACCUUCCUCAUGGUCACCAUCAUGCGCAUCCCAGCGGUAAAGUUAGAAGAACUUGCCAGAACCCUGGACCGCGUGUUCCUGGUGCUGCCCAACCACUGUCUGGGGAUGGCAGUCAGCAGCUUCUAUGAGAACUAUGAGACGAGGAGGUACUGCACCUCCUCCGAGGUUGCAGCCCACUACUGCAAGAAAUACAACAUCCAGUACCAGGAGAACUUCUACGCGUGGAGCGCCCCAGGGGUCGGCAGGUUCGUGACCUCCAUGGCCGCCUCAGGGUUUGCCUACCUCACCCUCCUAUUCCUCAUUGAGACCGACCUGCUGUGGAGGCUGAAGACCUGCGUCUGUGCCUUCCGGAGGAGGCGGGCGCUGAUGGAAGUGUAUACCCGGAUGUCAGUGCUUCCUGAAGACCAGGACGUGGUGGACGAGAGGAACCGAAUCCUGGCCCCUAGCCUGGACUCCCUGCUGGACACACCUCUGAUUAUCAAGGAGCUCUCCAAAGUGUACGAGCAGCGGGCACCCCUCCUCGCCGUGGACAAGAUCUCCCUCGCAGUCCAGAAAGGGGAGUGCUUCGGCUUGCUGGGUUUCAACGGAGCUGGGAAAACCACAACUUUCAAAAUGCUGACUGGGGAGGAGACCAUCACUUCUGGGGAUGCCUUUGUCGGGGGCUACAGCAUCAGCUCUGACAUUGGGAAGGUGCGCCAGCGGAUCGGCUACUGCCCCCAGUUUGAUGCCCUGCUGGACCACAUGACGGGCCGGGAGACGCUGGUCAUGUACGCCCGGCUCCGGGGCAUCCCUGAGCGCCACAUCAGUGCCUGCGUGGAGAACACGCUUCGGGGCCUGCUUCUGGAGCCACACGCCAACAAGCUGGUCAGGACAUACAGUGGUGGCAACAAGCGGAAGCUGAGCACCGGCAUUGCCCUGCUUGGAGAGCCUGCAGUCAUCUUCCUGGACGAGCCAUCCACUGGCAUGGACCCCGUGGCCCGGCGCCUGCUCUGGGACACUGUGGCGAGGGCCCGAGAGUCCGGCAAGGCCAUUGUCAUCACCUCCCAUAGCAUGGAGGAAUGUGAGGCCCUGUGCACCCGGCUGGCCAUCAUGGCACAGGGUCAGUUCAAGUGCCUGGGCAGCCCGCAGCACCUCAAGAGCAAGUUUGGCAGCGGCUAUGCCCUGCAGGCCAAAGUCCGAAGCAACGGGCAGCAGAAGGCGUUGCAGGAGUUCAAGGCAUUCGUGGACCUGACCUUCCCAGGCAGCAUCCUGGAAGAUGAGCACCGAGGGAUGGUCCAUUAUCACCUGCCUGGUGAUAACCUCAGCUGGGCCAAGGUGUUUGGUAUUCUGGAAAAGGCCAAGGAGAAGUAUGGAGUGGAUGACUACUCCGUGAGCCAGAUCUCUCUGGAGCAAGUCUUUCUGAGCUUCGCCCACCUGCAGCCACCUGCCGAGGACGAGGGGCCGUGAGGAGCCGGCAGGGCCAGUGGGUGCACAGGUGGGCAUCCUCAUCCUCCGAGUUCAUCUUAAUCUGCACCCUUAUUCCUAAUCACUGUUUUCUAUGAUGGAUAUGAGAAUCAAGGCACAGUAUGAACCAGGUGUAUUGGUGCCCUCAUGCCGGGAAUCAGCAUGCCAACCUCCAUGUCUAAGGCAGUCACUGCAGCCCACUCUCUGGAACUCGAGAUCCCAACCAAGAGUGGGUCGGGCAGUCUGUGUGGCAAGACUCGGCGUCUUUGGGCAGAGAGCCAUCUAGGUAAAGGCCGCAGCUGACCCUGGGAUUGACUUUCCCUAAGUGCUCGUGAGGAGAGCACCCAGUGACAUCUCCGUGUUCGCAUGUGGCAUGGAGGUUCCCUAGCGGGUGAAACAGGAAGCCAGCAGGACAGUCGGCAUCUGGGCUCACCAGGCUGCCCAGGAUGGAUAGAAAGGUCGCCUGUCACCAUCCAUGAGGGAGAACUGGCCAUGAUUUGGCACUGAGGUCUUGGCUUCCUGUGCAGUUGGGGGCGUCCUGGGAGUCCCGGCUCCUGAGUGUGGACAGUACAUCAGGCAGAGCUGACCCUGUGCCCAGCGUCAUCCCAACAGCAUCUUCCGGAGUUGGGUGGAGAGGGGAAGGAAGGCAGUCAACACUGACCUCUUGAGGAGACACUAGCCGGGGGGCCAGUCAGAGACCCCUGUAGGGCUGAGCGGCCAUCCAUGGAGGAUGCACCUAACAGGUGGUGACUUUGUCCAGAAAAUAAAGGCUGAGAGGGAAU